UUUUUUCUUCUACUACCACCACAAGUACUACUACUACUAGGCCUAUUACCAAAAUCCUAUCGCCUUAUGUCUCUCUGCUACGAAACAUCUUAAGAAUUUGGAAGAAUAACUCAGGCAUUUCUCUAGACAACCCUCAGUCAGUUCAUGAACUGUAUUAAGGACCCCGUUACCGUCUGAUAGGUGUGUCGGCUCUUCACUCACUUGUAUCGGGCACAAACGUCACACAUCUUCUGGUCACCAACCCAGAGAUGUUCAAUAUGGGUGGUGGCACCAUUUUAAAAGUGCUGCAGUUUGAUUGACAGUGGCUGCCAUGGCGACCCGCCGGGCACUGAAGGCUGUUCUCAUUGACCUGAGUGGCACGCUCCACAUAGAGGAUACAGCUGUGCCCGGAGCGCAAGAGGCUUUGGCGAGGUUAAGGAGUGCCCCUGUUGCAGUGAAAUUUGUGACCAACACGACUAAAGAAUGCAAGCGGAACUUGCUGGAAAGACUCCGCAAGUUAAACUUUGACAUCCAGGAGCAGGAGAUCUUCACUUCCCUGACAGCUGCCCGUAAUCUGCUGGAGCAGAGGAAAGUGCGCCCCCUGCUGCUCGUAGAGGAUAGUGCCUUGGAGGAUUUCUCAGGUAUCGAUACAUCCGACCCCAAUGCUGUGGUGAUCGGAUUGGCUCCCGACCACUUUAACUAUGAAAUGCUCAACAAGGCUUUUGGUCUGAUCCUGGACGGGGCCCCCCUCAUCGCCAUCCACAAAGCGCGGUACUACAAGCGCAAGGACGGGCUCGCGCUAGGCCCCGGGCCCUUCGUCACGGGCCUGGAGUACGCCACAGACACACAGGCCACCGUGGUGGGGAAGCCAGAGAAGACCUUCUUCCUGGAGGCCCUCAGAGACCUGGGGUGCUCCCCGGAGGAGGCCGUCAUGAUCGGAGAUGACGCAAGAGAUGAUGUCGGAGGAGGUCAGAGCGCCGGCAUGCGGGGAAUACUAGUCCAGACGGGUAAAUACAGAGCUGGCGAUGAAGGGAAGAUCAACCCAGCACCAUAUCUGACGUGUCAGAGCUUCCCUCAGGCGGUGGACCACAUCCUCCAAACCCUCGUCCAGCCCGAGUGACACGUCCACUUAGUGGACACACCAGCAAGGUAAACAGUGUGUGUACAUAUUCAAGGAAGUCCAAGAAGUCCAAUUCCGAUUCCAUGUGCUGGUGUGUGUGUGAUCUCGGUGCUCACAGUGCACCUUCCGUCCAUAUACAAAAAACCUCUCCACAGAUGUGUUGUUGUAAUGUUUGGAUUUUGUGUGUGUCAAAAUGUAUUAUUCUUCAAAUUGCAUCACUGAGCAGAAAUGGACAAAUACAAAUAUUUUAUUUAUUA